AUGGCGCGUUUAGGUCUGGUUCUCGCCAUGGCUCUUUGCCUUACCAUCUCUGUGUUUCCGGACACAACCACUGCUCAGCUCAAGCACAAUUUCUACGGAAAGUCAUGUCCUAAUGGAUGUGAUGCGUCGGUCAUGAUUCAAUCAACGCCUAACAACAAGGCCGAGAAGGAUCAUCCAGACAACGUGUCUUUGGCCGGAGAUGGAUUUGAUGUUGUGAUCAAAGCCAAGAAAGCUCUUGACGCAAUCCCAAGCUGUAGAAACAAAGUUUCUUGUGCUGAUAUCCUUGCCCUAGCCACCCGCGAUGUGGUUGUCGCGGCUGAAGGACCGUCGUACCCAGUGGAACUCGGAAGGCGUGACGGUUUGGUGUCGACGGCUGCUAGCGUCCACGGAAACUUGCCAGGACCAAAUGACAACUUUGACAAACUCAACAAGCUCUUUGCCAAAAACAAACUUACUCAAGAGGAUAUGAUCGCUCUUUCAGCGGCUCACACCCUCGGAUUCGCCCAUUGUAACAAAGUAUUCAACAGAAUCUACAACUUCAAUCGCACACAUAUCAUUGAUCCAGCUCUAAACAAAGGCUAUGCUAAGGACCUUCGAUUGGCUUGGCCCAAGAACGUUGACCCAAGAAUCGCUAUUAACAUUGACCCAAUCACUCCAAAGAAGAUCGACAACAUUUACUUCAAGAAUCUCCAACAAGGCAAAGGACUCUUCACUUCAGACCAAGUUCUCUACACCGAUCGUCGCUCUAGGCCCACCGUUGACUCUUGGGCCAAGAACUCAGCUGCUUUCAACGCCGCCUUUGUUAAAGCUAUGACCAAGCUUGGCCGCGUUGGCGUUAAAACUGGACACAAUGGUAACAUUCGUCGUGACUGUGGAGCGUUUAACUAA